UUUAUUUGUCGGAUUCCAACGCUGCGGCUCACGCGCUGCUACGCAUGCGCGCGCGCGGUGUCCCCAUCACAGACGUGGUCCUCCCGUCUCCGCGUGGUGAUACAACCCCCCCCGCGCCCGAGUUGCCGGAGAACCGAACGCGUGGCUACACCGUCAUUGGCGAGGACACCCUUGGCCGGCAGGGACACACCGCACUGCCCUCCGCCAAAAACCGAGCCUCCGCCUGGAGAAGAGAGGCCACCCGAGGAAACGCGAGCCCGGUUCUGAGUCCUGAUCUCUGUGCGCCUCGUCCGGCCAUUUCUUCCCCGCCUCCUCUUCCUCGUCAGCAGACAUGCCUCCCGCGCCGGCUGGGCCUGUGCGCCCCCCCCCUCCCGAAGGUGGCUGGGGCUGGGCGGUGGUACUGGGGGCUUUCAUCUCCAUCGGCUUCUCCUACGCCUUCCCCAAGUCCAUCACCGUGUUCUUCAAGGAGAUAGAGGUCAUCUUUGAUGCCACGCCCAGUCAGGUGUCCUGGAUCUCCUCCAUCAUGCUGGCCGUCAUGUAUGCUGGAGGUCCAAUCAGCAGCAUCCUCGUGAAUAAAUUUGGCAGUCGACCAAUCAUCUUAGUCGGAGGUUGUCUUGCCGGCUCGGGACUCGUCGCGGCCUCCUUCUGCAACACAGUGGGGCAGCUCUACUUCUUCAUAGGCGUAGUGGGAGGUUUGGGGCUUGCAUUCAACUUGAAUCCAGCCCUCACCAUGAUCGGUCAGUACUUCUACAAGCGGCGUCCCAUCGCCAAUGGCAUCGCUAUGGCAGGCAGCCCCGUGUUCCUGUCCACGCUGGCUCCCCUCAACACCUGGCUGUACGACCAGUUUGGGUGGAGAGGCAGCUUCCUCAUCCUGGGGGGGCUUCUGCUCAACUGCUGCGUGGCCGGCUCCCUGAUGCGCCCCCUCGUGUCCAAAGUGCAGCUGUCCAAACCCGACCCAGAGGCGGACACGGUCAAGGCGGUGGAUUCCCUGGCGCCACAGCCUAAGAAGACCGUCCUGCAGACCAUCAACUCCUUCAUCGACCUGACGCUGUUCAAACACCGCGGCUUCCUGCUCUACCUCUUCGGCAACGUCAUCAUGUUCUUUGGCCUCUUCGCUCCCCUCGUCUUCCUCUCCAAUUUUGCCAAGAGCAAAGACAUCAGCAAAGAGAAGGCGGCCUUCCUGCUGUCGGUGUUGGCGUUGGUGGAUAUGUUCGCCCGGCCCUCCAUGGGCAUGCUGGCCAACACCAAGUGGGUCCGGCCCAGGAUUCAGUACUUCUUUGCCGCCGCCGUCCUCUACAACGGCGUGUGUCACGUGCUGGCGCCGCUGUCGGAGGACUACACCGGAUUUGUAGUUUACGCCAUCUUCUUUGGUUUCGCUUUCGGCUGGCUGAGCGCAGUGUUGUUUGAGACACUGAUGGACCUGGUGGGAGCUCAGAGGUUCUCCUCGGCCGUGGGUCUGGUCACCAUAGUGGAGUGUGGGCCGGUGCUGUUGGGCCCGCCGCUGACAGGUCAGUUCUAUAACUACUACCAGCGCUAUGACUACACCUACAUCUCCUGUGGCAUCAUCCUCAUUGUUGCAAGCCUCGUCCUCUUCUUGGGAAUGGGCCUCAACUACCGGCUGCUGGCAAAAGAGAAGAAAAAUGAGGAGAGAAAAGAGAGGGAGGAGCCCAAGGAGGAGCGAGCCGCUAUGUUGGCGCCUCCCUCUCCGUCCAAAUCAGACGGGGAGAAUGCCGAGCCAGCUGCUGUCGUGCUGGAUGAAGUUGCCAGGAUGGACGAGGACACGGUGUAGAAAACAAAAAACAGAGUCCAGACGGAGACACACACACGUCGCCCUGGUAGAGAGAUAGAAUCUGUUUACACAACCCUGAGGCCAUAGACACUAACGUUUAUUUUCAAAUAAAAUAACUGAGACUUGCUUUUCACCGCAUUGAGACCUCUAGUUUUUGGUAUUUGACGUGCCUUUUGUGACCUCAAGUCCUCUAGGAGCGCACCAUUUGAAUCUUAUACAGGCAGAAGAUGGACGCACAGCAGACAUAAUGACUAAGAUAAAAACCCAAUAAAUGAAUGAGGGCUUUACUCUCAGGGUCAACCUGCUGGAAAGGUGCUGAACCUCUCACAAGCAGUCGAGCCAAGGAUUAAACAGGAAAUUGCGUUUGUUGCAGUAAACAAAUACUGUACAUUUACCCUCACAUACGACGUCGUCUCAUUGCUUCACUUCUCAGGAGCUGGGCAUGAAUUCAAAGGACACAUUCCUAUUAACGUGGAUAGGGCCAAUCUUUCUGUUCACAUGUCAGAUAAGAGUGAAAUUGCCAGGUUAAUAUGUAGUCAUGCUCACAAACGAAGAACAAUUUGGGAGGACUGUUUUCACCAGAGGGAGUUUAAACCCAUAGUUGUGCACAUACAAAACAAAUAUUGCUUAAAAAUGCAAAAGGCAUAGGAAAAUAAGUUAAAGACUGUACUCUUCACCUUUUGCUUGUUCACAAAUAUUUGUGCACUUUGUGUAAUUUUAGUGUUCUACACUCUUCAGCCAGAGCAGCUCCUGCAUCGCAGUGCUGAUAAAGACACUUUGGAAGAACUAUGCUCACACUGUUACGCCCCAGAGUUACCUGCUGUGUUACCAGCAGUCUCAAUAUUCAAUUACACCCCGAGCUGUUUCUUGUUUUUCCCCCCGGAUGGGUAAAAGACUGUUAUUGGACGAGAGGUAGAGGUUGACUUGGUGUGUGUGAACUGCCCGGCUGUCCUGAUGAAUUUUGAUGGAGAGAACUAAAUUUCACACGAUCCUAAAUAUUUUAAUAAUCAUAAUGGACUAUUUGAGUUGCGUACCUUUUUUUUAUUGCAAAUAACACAUUGCAGUUUUACAGUUGUAUCUACUAACUGUUGAUCUUAAAACAUUUAGUUUAAUUGUUUAAUGAAAAUCUGACAACCAGUAUUUGGAUUUUGACACUUUAAAAACUUUAAACCAGAUUUGUUUUAAUAUUCAGUCGACCUAUCCAACAUGUGUCAGUUUAUAUCUGAGCUGUCAGAAAGCGUCUUAUCAGAUUUACAAUGUUUUUAUCAAUCACAAACAGUCAAUGAAAUGAAUGCAUUGAUCAAUGUGUGAGUUUACUGCAAACAUUUGUUCAAGGUGUUUUUGAGUUCAGGCUAAAAAGGAACAGAAGACAUGAGACCUAUUCAGCCUGAAUGAACAUUUUUAUUUUUUGAGAAAAUAAAUCAUAAUUCAAGAUUUGAUACAACAGUUUUAACUUUUUUAAAAUAUUCUUCUAAAUAUUGCGCGUUGGAAACUGUUUAAAUGGAUUGUUUGGGUGUUUUGAAGUGGGGUUGUAUGAGGUACUCGGUCAGUUUAUCACGUAUCAGUUGACUGAAGUCAAAUGUUGCAGCGAAACUCAUUUUUGCAUAAACUAAAACUGAUAUUUUAUCUCAUACAACCCCUUUUAAAAAAGCAUUUUGUUUACAAUUUUGAAAGUCGCUUUGAAGGAUAUUUAUAACCAUUUUAUUGUUGUUACACUACAGACUUAUUUCUUGAAGUCAUUAUGAGGAUUGGGAUAAAUUAGUUUAGUGUUUGUCAACAAAUCUGACAAAGAGAAUAAAACCAAUUGAUUGAUCCUACCUACCAGUAUUUUCUACGCAUCAAUGCCUGGUGGAUUUUUAUGUAUUUUCUUUUGACUCAGCCCUUCAUUCUCUGUUCAUGCUGAAGAAAAUGGACAAAACAAAAAUAAAAGUAUGCUUUAUCCUUUUAUAAUCUGAAGACAAUUGAAAUUGCUCAAAUGAAAGGUACAGCUGUUAUGUUUCUGUAAUGGAACACUAUUUUUUAUUACCUUUUAGAUUAAAGUGUGAAUACAAAUCUGGUGGAAAGGGUGUAAGUUUGCACUGUAGGCUUCAUGUUUUGCAGGUUUAACGAGGUUCUGGUCAUUUUACGGACCAAAUGCAAGUAUUCCUUUUGAAACCAGUUCAUUGCAAUGUUUUUCUGAAAGUAGAAAUUAAAAUAAAUUAAAAUGAGUCAUUUCGGUACCGAGGGCACACAGACUCCUACAGUAGAAGGAUAUGAAUUUAAUGCAAAGUUAUUUUCAUGUCGGUGGACGGGUUCCUAUUUAAGUGGAAGUAGAGUGUGAACGUGCCUGCUGUCACAUUUCCUAAAGCCCGGUUUCAGUAACAGUAAACGCAUUGCAAAAUAUAGUGUCAUUCAUAAGGCAAGUUCAAUUUGCAUAGAUACAAUUUCACUCAAACUUUUAGUUAUUUGUCCUUUGAUACGACUAUUUGAAAAAGAAUAUGACUCUUAGGAUUUCAGUUUCAGUCUUCCGUUCCUUGACGUGUCACGUCGUGAGUGUUCUGGAAAAGGGGCCGUUGAACCACAGCACAUUUUUGUGAAAAAUAAUUGCAGUUUCUGUAAAAUGGAUAAUGUUGUUUUUGAGGAUGUUUUUUUGUAUGUAUGAACUUUUGAGAAAAUGAAUAAACUUAAAAAACAA